AUGGAACAAUACCUUCAACAACAUCCUGAUUUGAGCUAUCCAGAAAGACAAAGAAUUCUCAAACAAUUAGUCAUGGCUAUUGACCAUAUUCACCAACUGGGAAUUGUGCAUAGAGAUUUAAAGCCUGCUAACAUUUUACUUGACGAAGAAGGAAAUGUAAAACUCAGCGAUAUGGGCUUAGGUAAAAGAUUGGAGCAAUAUCAAAGCUCAUUCUACGAACUAUCGAGCAUUAUUAACACUCGGCAUGGAAAUAGUGGCAGCAGCAUACCUGCCAACUCAAAUGGUAAUAAUGCCUCUAUUCUCCAAAAUAGAAUGACCAAAGCUGUAGAUGUUUUUGCUCUUGGGUGCAUAAUUUUCUUUGUGCUCACAGGUAAGCAUCCAUAUGGAAGACGAUCUGAAAGAGAAUGGAAUAUUUUGAAUAACAAACCAAGAAAAAAACAUUUCCACAGAAUUGACACAUCUGUAAUGAAACUAAUUUAUGAAGAACUAAUAGUUGCAGAUCCCACUAAACGUAUCAGUGCCUCUCAGUUAUUAAAACAAUGCUUAUUUUGGGAUUAUAGCAUGAAGUUACACUUCCUUAGUGAUGUAAGUGAUCAAUUGGGCAAAGAACCAGAGAAUAUUGUUUAUAAGGAGCUUCAAAAUGCAGCUGAAAAGAUAUUCAACGGUAACAAGACAUGGGAAACCCAAAUUGAUGAUGGUGUCUAUCAACAAAUUAAAUCUGUAAGAAAAUACGAUUACACAAGAGUGUGGGACGUGCUAAGAUGUAUCAGAAAUUUAAAGUCACACUACAGAGAAUAUCAACUUCAAACUACCAAAAUAUUGAAAUGUGGAUGUGACAAGCUGCCAGACGGUAUUUUUGUUUACUUUGAUUUGGAGUUCCCCAACUUAUUCCCUGCUGUAUAUGAGUUGGUUAAGACACACUGGUCUGAUAGACUUCAAUACAAAAAGUAUUUCUAUUAA